AUGCUGCUUUCAGACCUUCAGUUUUCUUCUCUCACGAUCCUUGCCAUUCACAUAGAGCACAUUCUGGGGCUUUAUAGAGAAGACACUGAAUGGAAAUACUCAGCUUUUGCCGUCACAGAACACUGGAAUGGAUUGAUCUCACACAUGAAGCAAACACUGUGCUAUUUCCUGGGACGGAGUUUUAUUAAAAAGGGGUCGGAAGACAAUGAGAGCAUCCUGCAGCUCCCCGGGGACCACUGGUUGUCCUUCCCAGACCCUCCUCGCUGUAUUCACGUCUACAACAAGAGCGGGGUGGGCAAGGUGGGCGACCAGAUCCUCCUGGCCAUCAAGGGGCAGAAGAAGAAGGCGCUCAUCGUGGGGCAUCGCAUGCCUGGCCCCCAGAUGAGCCCCAGGUUCGACUCCAACAAUGUGGUACUCAUUGAGGACAAUGGUAACCCCGUGGGGACCCGAAUUAAAACACCCAUUCCCACCAGCCUAUGCCAGAGGGAGGGCGAGUACUCCAAGGUGCUGGCCAUCGCCCAGAACUUUGUGUAAGCAGAGCCCAGGCCUCUGGCUGCAGGGGCUCACCAGGGAGUGGGGCAGUUCUGGGAGCCUUAGCUGGGCUAGAGGGCGCCUGGGGCCACGCGCUGUUCCUCUCAGGCAGAGUAGCUGUCCUUCUAGCGAAUAAACAUUUUGUGU